AUGCUGAGCCUACCUGCUGCGGUUCUCCUGCUGUCGCUUCUGAAAGGUAAUUUCCAUUUUCUUAUACAUAUGGACCUCAUGCUGUAAAGAAAAAAACAAGCUGUCUCGACACACUUUUUACAGUGAAGCUGUUAUUUGGUUAAAAUCGCUGUAAAAAUGAACCAAAUAGGAGGUUUCGGUCACAUGACUGGUUUUGUUUAUCAGACACAGUGAUGCAUGUCAGGUUCGUUGGCCUAAAUACUGUAUAUGGAGUCCAGCUUAAGCUAAAAGUCUUUCUUCUUAAGGUUUCACUCUUUUAAAAAAUAUAAAGGGUUAAUUUUUUAUUCUCUUACGCUGCUUUUCCACAGGAACAAUGUCACCCUGUCUGUUUUUAACUCACUCUUAGUCUUACAGUAGACCUCAGAUUUUAUUGAUUGUUUGUGGUCAGUGUUAAAUUGAGAUCUGUAAACACUUGGGGACACUUAAACUCAGCAGGUUUCAUUCCAGCUCUUGAAUGUGUGGUAGGUAGUUUCACAGUAAGCUGUUUCCUGUGUCUUUGUCUGUGACACCUGUUUUUCUGGUUCAGCCACUUUUUGAAAUGGACUCCUCCACAGUGAGAAACCCUCUCAUGCAUUGUUUCGCUUUUAAGCAAACUUUUAAAGAAAUUCCUCCCUUGCUGUGUCUUUUUUUCAGGGUCUUUUACAACACAAAUGCAGUCUUUUUCUUCAGCACCAAACUAAUGUAUGAAACCAUCUCUUCCCCACAGUGUCCGAGUGUAUUCAGGUGAAUGUCCCCCAGACGGAGCGCAGCACAGCUCUGUUUGCCUCAGUGACCCUUCGCUGUGACUUCUCCACCUCUGCAAACCUUCAGGAUGUCCUGGUCACCUGGAAGUACAAGUCCUUCUGCAAGGACCCUGUGCUGGAGUACUACUCCACAGGUAAAACACAAAGGAGAGGAAAAGAAGCGAGAAAAGUUAUGUUAUUUAGAAUUUUUGAAGCAAAACUUAAAUCGUGCAAAGAUUCAAGAUUGUGUUUUACCUUCGUUGUUUUAUAGACCUUUUGCCAAUUUGUAUUUAAGUUAUAAAGUAUGCCGAUACAGUACGAGUUGCCACUGGAGAUUAAAACAUCCCCCACUCUUUCCACUUUUAAAUCACGUCUUAAAACUUAUUUUUAUGCUUUCGCUUUUAGUUCAGCAUGAGAAUUGUGUGAUCUUUGUCCUUUUUUGCUUUUAUGGUCCUUUUACCACUUUUAUUUCUUUUAUGCUUUUGUGUUUUUAUUUCAUUUAUUUUAUUUCAGUUUAAAUGUUUUUUUACUCGCUUUUAUUUAUUUCCUCCUGAUGUUUUUUUUAAAUUUCUGCAAAGACUUGAAUGUCUUUUAAAAUGUGCUGUAUAAAUAAAGCAGAUCGGUUGGAAAUAACCUGAUUUUUUUUUUUGAAUAGCUUUCCCUCUCCUCAUAAUAAUUUUUCUCAUAAUUCCCUGUCUUCACUGAUAACUAUACAGUACAUGGUCUGCAGAAAACAGUUUAUCCUGCAUGGCUGGUGCACAUAAUGAUGCUUCAAAAUGAAGACGCUUCAAUCUUUAUCAAAUUAACCUUACAGUAUAUAUAAAAAAAGAGAUGUAGCAUUGUUGUAUUGUUGCAUAAAAUCUUCUUGAUGAAACAUUUUGCUCCUUAUUAUGCAGCGUACCAGUCUGCACUCCAGCUGGGACAGGAUCCAUCCAAUGACUGUCCAGAUCGACAGCGCACAGUGCGCACAGUGAUCCAGAAGAAAGGGAGCAAUGAGCCGACGCUGGGAGCAGAGUACCGUGAGCGCAGGAUCACUAUCCAAAACAGUAAGUUUAUGCAAACACUGUCAGUCAGCCUUAAAGCUGCUGUGACAAGAAGAAGAUGAAGAAUUGGUUUGAGUCUUGGGAUUAAAUGUGGCUUUGAUCAGUUCAGGGCAACACUUGGGUUGUUUAAAAAAUUGCUUUAAAUGUAACUUGAACUUAAGAAUUGGAGUGUCUGUCUGAGCAGGUGCGGACCUGGUGAUCACUGAGGUGAUGUGGUGGGACAACGGGGUGUACUUCUGCACCGUCCAAGCUCCUGGAGACACAUCAGGGGACUCCGACAAAGAAAUCAAACUCAUCGUUUACCGUAAGAAAACAGAACUAAAAUAACAAAAAUCACUAAAAUGUACAAUACCUCUGAAACCGUUCUGUAUUUGUGCUUUUUUAUGUCUCUUUGUAAGUCAUUGCGGGUCAUCCCCAAAAUCAAGUACAGACACUUUGACGACAGGUUGUGUCUUUUGUCUCACAAGUGUGCCUCUUUCUCUCCUCCUUCAGACUGGUUGACCGUGUUGUUCAUCGUUAUCGGAGCUCUCCUCCUCAUCCUCCUCAUCUGUAUCUGCUGCUGCCAGUGCUGCCCUCAUGUCUGCUGCUGCUACGUUCGCUGUCCCUGCUGCCCUCAGCAGUGCUGCUGUCCUGAAAAGGGUAAAUAGCAAGAAGCAUUAAUAAAACUGUCUCUAUUUGAGCUUCAGGUGAUCUGAUGGAAAAGGUUAUCAACAAGUCACCUUAAUUUUUCACAAUUUUCUUUUAACAAAAUGAGGUGUAAUCAGAAUAGCUUAGAGAGGUUUGAGUCUUUCAAUUGGUUAGUUUAAUUAACUUGAAAAUGAACAUUACUCUCUUAAAACUUUUAACAGAGUGUCACUGCUCUUGGCCGUGCAGGUCUAGACAAGUUCCCUCUCAGGCAUUUUAGUCACAGUGUGAUAAAAUCUGCAGCUCAGCACUUUGCAAAUUGAGUUUGGAGUUUAGUUGAAUCUAACUUUGGCUGUAGCUCUCUUGCCAGACUUCCUGAGUUUUUAGAUAUAUUGUUCUCUUUUAUAGAUUGAGGAAGAAGACUCCUGGUCACAUGAACAGCUGCACUAACAAAUAACUUCUCUGCACUUUUAACUUUAUAAAUUCUGUUUAAGACCAUAAACCAGUCCGUCAAGGAGCCGCUGUUCAGCAACUCCUUUGCUCUGCAGUGUUUACUGUUGCUCCCUCAAGGGUUUGUAGACAGGAAAGAGUUUCUAAGGAGUAGCUGCUCCACAACGUUGUCUAGUUUGAUGACCUUCGGCAGAAAGAAAGAAAUGUCCAAUGUGGAGUUGAUGGUUUUCAACCCUCUUCUCACCAAGGUGCAGAUGAAUGCUUUGGAAAUCUCCUCUGUGUGAUACAAAGCAAAUUUCCCACGUAAUAUAAAAGACCCUUUAAUGUGCAGAGAGACAGACUGUUCACUUUCCUUUGCUGAUGAAUGUUAACAUGAACAUGCUGUUUUCAUCUUUCAGCGGUCAUGCAGCAUCGUAUGAUGAAGGAGGCUCAGAGGGCCAUGGCUCCCUGGGUUGGAGGACAGCCGGUUUAUGGACCAAUGAGCCACGUAUCCUCCUCACAGAUGAACCCACUGCUCUACGCAGGUACACACACACACACACACACACACACACACACACACACACACACACACACACACACACACACACACACACACACACACACACACACACCAAGGUAAACCUCCAGUAAAACGUUUCUCUAUCCUAAUUUUAUUACGUGACGUUUUUCCUCCUCAGGGUCUGUGUCAGGUAAAAGCAUCCCCAUGAAGCCGAUGCCCCUUCCUCCUCCUCAGUCCUCUGCUUACAGUAUGCCCCCUCCAAGCAUGCAUGGCAACACUACCCCUGCCAACACCAAUCAGAUGCUUGAUUACCUUGAGAGCCAGGUGAGGGGGAUGGACAUGAACACUCCCCUGCUGCAGGUAUGUAACCUCCCAUCUUCUCAUGUGUUGUUUAAGGAAACAAAGAGCAUCAGAUUAUUUAGUCUCACUCUGAUUUGUUUGUUUGUAUGUAAACCCUAAAUACUGCUGUCAAUGCUGAUUCUAAUACUUCUGUUUCUGUAAUGCAUUACUUCUUGAGUAACAUACAUAUGAAUCACGACUCUCAGGACAUAAAAACAAGAUAAAAGCUACAAAGACAUGAAGUUAAGGACAUAACAUAGAACUUUUGUAGUAUACUGCUCAAUGUCCCACAUGGUUGUUGACAUGAAAAGUGAAACAAACACAAUAAAAGUCAAGGAUUAAAAAGUAGAGCUAUAAAGAAGAUUAUUGACCCUGGCUUCUGUUUUAUAGUGCCUUUAAUCUUUAACUGUACAGGUAAGUGUUUUAUCACAGAGUAUUAACUUAUAUGGGCAUUGUAAACAGGAAUCAUUAUUUUAGGAGAGGCUAUACACCACCAUUGGACAUUAAACAUCUCAGCAAUAAAAAAAAAUCUCUUUCCAAACAGUGAGCUCUUUUUUUGUCUCCAAAAUCCUAACAGGGCAGUAGUGUUGUACUUUGAUUGCCGUUGGUUGCAUUCACAUUAAACUUGAUUUUUCUUGUGGUGUCCUCUUCCUGCAGUCCCAGCCUCCUCCACCUCACCAUAUGCAGCAGAUGCCUCCACCUCACCAUAUGCAGCAGAUGCCUCCACCACAACAUAUGCAGCAGAUCCCACCUCCUCAGAAUAUCCGCCCCGCUGUCCCAUUUACCCCCGGCCCGCCCAGCAUGAUCUCCGCCCUGGAUGAUGGCCCAAUGGAGCGCCGUGUCAUCACACUCCCGCCAAUAAGAGAGCCCCAAUCAGGCAGAAUGCCACCUGCUCCACCCAAGACUCGCCCCCCAAGCUCCAGCGAGAGCAGCCGCAGUGGGUUCGGACGCCCUGAUCGAGGAGCAGCCGGCAGGAGGUACCCUUCGCCCCCUCGGUCCAGAGGCAUCCCCAGGAGUUACAGUGAGGAGUCACUAGAUGGACGGGGUCGCAGCGGGGCAAGAGGAGGCAUGGAUCCACCCCGUUCCCGGUCCAGGGAUGAUCUGUUUGACAGCCGGUCCAGAGGAAACUAUUCUCCCCCUGCAACCCGGCGCUCUAGAGGGUCCUGGAGCUCUGAUGAUGAAGGCAGCAGUAGGAGAGGAGGAAGGAGAGGAGGCGGAGGCGGAGGCUGGAGUGACAAACCCCCUGGUUACACCGAGUACGAACCUGGACAGAAACCAGGAGGCCGGAGGCAUGACCGCUACACUGUAAGACACACACAACUGUAGUUGAUAAACACACUCUAAUGCACUUAUAUGUAGAUGAAUGCACACAUAUCCAACAAAUAAACAAACAAAUAAACAUCCUGAGUGAUAAAUGCCAGUGAUCUAAAGUUAGUGUGUCUCUCUCAGGACAAGAGUUCUCGCAGUGGCACCAGUGUCGUCAUCUGA